CUCCAAGGCAAUGAGGACGCGCGGGGGCAGCUGCGUGUAGGAAGCCAUGGGGGAAGGAGGCGUUUCCGGCGAAGAGCUGGACUUCGAAGGCGUGGAGCUAGAGCUGACUCAAGAGAAGCAGAUGAAAGAAAUGUUAGAACUCUCCAUAUUUGAAAUGAACAAUACAGUAGCAGAACUAGAGAAAAGACUUAACAGAAUUGAUGAUGAAGACAAUGAAUGGAAAACCAGAUAUCAAACCCAAAUAGAAUUGAACAAACAGCUAGAAAGACAAAUUGGAUUCCUCCAAGGAAAGAUGGAGCAUCUUAGUGGCAACCCAACAGACAAAUUGGCUUCUGUUCAUUUGUUCGAUCAAAUGCAUACGGAUUCUUUAAAUCAGUUUCUUAAAAAACUGGAAAAGGAGAAGAAGAGUCUCCAGAACCAGCUGAAGGAGUAUGAACUUAGACUGGAACAAGAGGCAAAGGCUUACCAUAAAGCCAAUGAUGAACGCCGUGCAUACUUAGCAAUGAUUUCACAAAUAUCAGGAUCACUAAAACCAUUAGAGAAGCAGAAAAUUGAUGCAGUUGAAAUGAAGAGGGAAAACCAAGUUCUGAGGAGACGGUGUAAUAUUCCAAGAAAUCAAAGAAUACUGGACCCAAAGAAGGGACCAAUUAAAAAAACAGCAGGAGUGAAGCAUCUUCCAAAACUGAAACUCUGAUUUCUUAUUUUAGAAUUUCUGCUUUUAUGAUUUAUUUUCCCACUUGCAAUUACAGUAAACACAAAAUGUUAUUUUAAAAUAGUAUUUUAAAGCAAGGUUCCUCAACCCAACCAUAGAAGUUACUGGGUAUGAUUUGCUAGUAGGAGUAUGUUUAUAUAUCUCUUAGAUGCACAAUAUAUUUAUCACUACUGAAAAGAUAUUGCUACCAGAAAUCUCUUUUGGAAAAAUUAUUUGCUUGUUCUUCACUUGCAGAGGUGGUUUCAGGCAAGAGUGACUUAGAAGCAACAACUGUUGCUAUUAUGCUUUCAGUUAUGAAUUAGUGGCUACUUCUGGCAUCUUUUCUCCUUUUUCCUAAAGUGUAGGGCCCAUAUAUGAAGAAAGAGUGAAAUAUCCCCCAACCCUUGCAGUAGUGGCUGCCACAGUUGGCUGUUCCCACAGAUAAGAUGUCCCAUAAGAAGCCAGAUUAUUUCAACAAAGGUAGAGUUUUUUUGCCUGACUUUGGAAGACAGGCAAAUACAGAUGAAGAUCAGAGUCUUUUUUCCCUUAAAUCUAAAUAAUGUAAGGAAGUAUGUUUUAUUUAUCUCUCAUGUUUUUCAA